AUGAAUAUUGAAAUUAUUUUACAGAUAAAAUUAAUUUUAGAGCUAACUUUGCAAACCUACUUCUUUCUCGAUUACUGUCUGUUAUGUUUACUUUCAUAUGAGAUUUUUUUAAGUUUAAUAAGAACUUCAAUUAAGAACAAUCAUAUCAUCAUGGCAUAUAACAUAAAAGCAUACAAGGUGCUGCACCAAGUCCCAAAUGCUGCAGUCAUCAGGGACUCUUGUGCUGAGCAGAGCCUCAGUGAUGUGUGUGUUGGUGCUUGCAGCAUCAAGUCUGAAGAGUCCUGUGGUUCAUCUUCUCUUCCAAAAAUAUCAGCCAUUUACAUCAAAGAGGAACCUGAGGAUGAGGAAGUGGCACAAUCAGUGAAGCCAGAAGUGCUUUGUACGGCUGAACAUGAGCGAAGUCCUCCUCGCCUGCCGUGCCCGCCAUGCAAGCUGGAAGCUCAAGUUGAGGUCCGAGGCGCCCACCAAGACUCCAAGCAGAACAUUGGUGCAGCUUCUGACCGACAGGUUGACACGUCAUGCCAGGAUCUGGUCAACGCUGGUCAGGAAGAACAAAAGGCUGCUGGGAAAUUAAAUAGCAGUGAAGGAAUGUCUGUUUCUGAGGAGUCUGGCGGCCAUGUCGCUGCUAACAAUCUACAUGUAGCAAUAAAUGAUUUUUCCAAACGUGCUGUGCAUGAUUUCAAGUGCAAGUCUUGUGACUAUGUCAUUGAUUCAAAAAAGAGUCUCAAAAUGCAUCGUUUUUUUAAGCAUGGUGAAGGAAAUUUAUUCUCAUGCAAUUUAUGUAAUCAUGUUGCUUCAACAAAGUGGAACCUUAGCGCUCACAUGCUUUAUAAACAUAGCACAGAAAAUAGGUUGAAAUGUGAACUGUGCAGUUAUGCCACGGCUAUAAAAGCCAAUUUCAAAAUCCACCAAAGUUCUAAACAUGGUUUAGGGAAGCAGUUGCCAUGUGAGAAAUGUGACUAUGUUGCUGCUGAUAACAAGAUUAUGAAACAACACAUGUUUUCUAAACAUGGAUUGGGGACUGGAUUCUAUUGUAAUUUGUGUGACUAUGCCACAGCUAAGGAAAGGACUCUCAGAGUGCAUAUAUUUUCCAAGCAUGGUAAAGGAACUUCACUCAAAUGCAAUUUGUGUGAUUAUGAAACUGCCGCGGAAUGGAAUCUCAAAAGGCAUCUUUUUUCCAAACAUAAUGUAGGACAUGGAUUCCAUUGCAAGUUGUGUGAUUAUGAGACUGCCUUAGAAUGGAAUCUCAAGAGGCACCUUUUUUCUAAACAUGGCAUAGGAAAUGGAUUAAAAUGCAGGUUGUGUGAUCAUGUUGAUAUCCACUGGCAUGGUCUAAAGGCGCAUUGUAUUGCUGUGCACGGCAUAGGAAAACGGCUGCAAUGUGAGCUAUGUGACCAUAGCACAGCUAACAGAACUCACCUCAAUGUGCACAUGUUAACUAAGCAUGGGUUGGGAAAAGGACUUAAAUGCAAAUUGUGUGAUUAUGUUGCUGCUACCAAGUAUCGCUUCAACAAGCACCAGGAGGCAAAACAUUCAUUAAGUGCUGCAAAUCAAAUGAAUUGUUUAUAACAACGGUAAACUAUGUGCUACUGCUUGUUUACUGAUGCUUCGAAGCACCCAAUAUGUAAGAUGAUUGUUAUAUUGAGUUUUUUGAUCAUGACGAAGCUGCUAUUAAUCUUCCAUGUAGUUGGCUGCUCUCUGUAGAAUCAUCCUAGGUAAUAGCCUACAUACCUACAUGUAGACUAUUCAUGUAGGCUACAUAGCCUACAUGUAGGUUAAAUGUCUACAUCAAGAAGAUUUGUGUAUACUUGCAGCCACUGUGUUUGUCGUUCAAAAUAACCUAUAAGGCUUAUUAUUUAUUGUGGCAAAUAGCCUCUUACGUGUUCUGAUGGCGUGCAUCGUAGCUGGUCUAAAAUUUUCUUAGAUUUUGCAUUUCAAUUUUUAUUUUUUAGAGCUCCAGUAUGAGUGUGUAGCAUCUACGUUCAAGAUUCUGUUAAUAAAAUAUAUAUUUUUGAAAUUAAAAGUAAAAAUUAGAUUUGUCUGAAGGUGAACGUCGCCACUUUGAACACGACAGUAGUUGACUUCAUUCAAAGUUAAAGUAUUUUGCUUCAUUGCACCAGAACUACUUAUUAGAGUAAGUACUCAAGUGUAGGAACUGCCAUUCUGUACUAAUUGCUUCUGUUCGAUAGCCGAAUUUACUUGGGAUGUUUAUAAUUGUUUACUUUGCAUUAGAUUUAUAGCUUGUAACGACCUGUUAUUUAUACAGAGUUCAAUACUUUGACCCAAGAACUGAAUGAAAAGCUUCAUCCUUUUCCUACCUCCAAGCCUCAGACUUGGUCGUAAGCUUCAAGUAAAGCUCUUUGUAACGUUGCU